CAUUCCUUACUGCGGUCCCACAGAGCAGGAGCAGGACAAAAACACCCCCUGCUCCCCCACCCAAGGAUUUUAUAUGAAAGUCUGUGUUCAGCGGCUUCUCUUUGCAGACUUCCAACGUUUGCAACACACACUUUAUCUGCUGCCUCUUGCAGCUUUCCGUUUGGGUUUAACUUUAAUUCGACUGUGCGGUUUCUGGACUUCCGACACGUUGAAAUGGAAUAUGAGGAGCUCCCUGGAGAGAGGCUAUCAAGAUUUUGAGUAAUUCCUCGGGUAGCUGCUCCUCCCUUGAAUAAAGAUGAAGCCCCCCGCCGUCUGCGUCCUCCACACUGUGCUGGUGCUGAUGAUCUUGCCCCCUGUUGCCUCGGUCCCCUGCCCCCGACCCUGCUCCUGCCCCCAGCCCUCUGAGCUCCACUGCACCUUCCGCUCCCUCACCACCAUCCCAGCUGCUGUGUCCAGAGACGUGGAGCGCAUGAACCUGGGGUUCAACAGCAUCAAUAAGAUUACUGACAAGUCGCUGGCUGGUCUGAGGAAGCUGGAGCUUCUGAUGGUGCAUGGGAACGACAUCCACAGUCUCCCCAAGGGAGUGUUCAAGGAUCUUACUUCAUUGCAGAUGUUGAAGAUGAGCUACAACAAAUUGAAGGAGAUCAACAGAAACACCCUUCAGGGACUCUGGGCCUUGGCCAGGUUGCACCUGGACCACAACCGAUUGGAGUUCAUCCACCCAGACGCCUUCCAGGGCCUCACCUCCCUGCGGCUGCUACAGCUGGAAGGCAACCAGCUCCAGCAGCUGCACCCAGCCACCUUCACCACCUUCACCCUUAUGGGCCACUUUCACUUCUCCACUCUGAGGCACCUCUAUCUGUCGGACAACAGGCUGACAUCGUUGCCCUCUGCGCUAGUGGAAACCAUGCAACAGCUAGAGAACUUGUACCUCCAUGGGAACCCGUGGAUAUGUGACUGCAACAUGAGGUGGCUCCAUGACUGGGAUAAAACAUCCCCAGGUGUCUUGAAAUGUAAAAAGGACAAGACCCUUUCAGGUGGCCAGCUGUGUCCUAUGUGCUCCUCCCCCAGGCACCUUCAGAGGAAAGAGCUUCAGCCAUUGGAGAAACUGGUCUGUAGCGGCCCCGUCAUCCGUUCUCCUCAUAGGACCUCGCCACCCGAGGACGUAGAGAGUGAGGUCAUGACUAUGGAGGACUUCAGGGAACCGUUUGGGAACAUCUCCCUGGGCCUGUCAGACGAACAUGGGAAUGAGGUGGAUCUGGAGUGUGGUAUUGGUGAGCCAAAAGUUCUUACCAAGAUCAACUGGGAGAAGUUCAACCAGCUCCAGGUGGCAUCCAACAUAACUGUAACUGUGGAUCUUGAGUGCCCUGUUGAUAGAGAUAGAUAUGAGCAACUGUGGAGGCUUAUUGCAUACUACAGUAGUGUGCCAGCCCACCUACAACGGGGGAUUAUAGUCAGAAAUGAGCCUCAUCCAAUCCAUGUUUACAGACAGGACUAUGAGAAGGAUGCCCAGUACUACACCGGUGUUAAAGUAAAUAUGAUGGCCCAGCCGGCCUGGCUGAUGCAGACAUCUGCAAACCUUCAGCUAAACCGACUUGAGUCAUCAGCCAAGAUGGUCAAAUUGAUCCUGUGCACGGACUUCUCAGAGACGCUUGAGACAGAGCUUGUGCGGCGACAGAAGAGGACAUGGGUCAUGAUUGAGUCAAUAAACACGACUAGCAAAGUGUUCAGCGCUAUCCUGGGAAAUCCGAGUCAAAUGUACUGCAACGUGCACAGUUCUGGCCAACCAGUCCUCCACUGGAUUCUGCCAGAUGGCUCGAAGGUGGAGGCAUCAUCGAGCACUCCAGACAACAGGGUGACUCUGUCCAGUGAUGGCAGGCUGCUCAUUAAAGCCGUCAUCCAUGCAGACACUGGAAUUUACUACUGUAUUGCCAGGGUUCAUGGAGACCUUGCUGUCAUGCCAUUCCAUCUGACAGUGCAGGAAUCCUCUAGCCCUCCCCCAGGGCAAGACGCCUUAGUUACUCCUAUCGAGGGCUUUGCAGGUGAUCCCAUUUCUGUACCUUGCACGGCAUCGGGUUCUCCUGAUGCUGAAAUUAAUUGGAUUCUACCAAACAGCAACAUAGUUAGUUUCCAGGCUAACUCCUCAAGAGCUGUGGUCUAUUCCAAUGGCACUCUACAUAUCUCACAAACCCAGCUAUUGGACAGUGGUCAUUAUAAAUGCAUCGCCAUUAAUCAACACGGUGUGGAUACACUGGCUACUAAGAUCAUUUUUGUUCGCCGCAAAGGGCUCAUAAGGCCAUUUAGGAGGUUUCCAAUAAGACCCCAGUCAGUGUCGGGUGUGAACACUCAGAUUAAAGUUCCCACAGAGGAUUCAGAGGAUGCAUCAGGGGACAUUGAGAUUACUCAAGUGGGGGGUCCAAUGAGCCGCUUAGAUCCUUUAAGUAAGAGAAUGCCAGUAGGUUUGGCCCCUGGCAGAAGGGGCGUCCAUCCAUCGAGGAAAAUGUGGCAUAGGCCACCGGUGCUUCGAAAACCAACAGAAUCACAAGUUAAAGACAGGAAGAACGUGGGUGAGGGCAGAAGGAAGACUAAUUUGUCAAAAAGUAAAAUUGAUCCAGAGAAAUGGGCUGAUAUUUUGGCUAAGAUUAGGGAUCGGAGUGUUCAGAAUACCGUGACAGCCCUCCCAGUUCAGCAUACAACAGAGGGGAGACAGACAGAGAAGUCAACACAGUCAAAUGUUACUAUUGAGACCUCUUCAGAGAGCACAACUGUGCGGGGCCAGGAUUACUUUACUACACCACUCAGUCCAACACAAUAUCCAAGCAGGAAAACGAAUGAACAUAAUACAGAAGAUCAAACCAAAUACGUGGCAUCUAACAGCUACACCACACGGGAUAUGAUAUCAAACAGUCAGUACACACACAGCACACAGGAUGCAGUUGAGCCACACACAGCACAGACUACAUACAGUGUACAGCAUACAGCCCAACACACAACUUCAAACAGUGUAUUUUUCCUCCCACAGCAGACCACAUCUGUUUCCCUACACAAUGUCACUUUCUGGCAGGCCAACACAAACAUUGCAAGCAGCAGCACUACAUUUUCUCUAAAAGAAACCCAAAGCACAACUACAGAUGUUGUUGGAGUCAAAACAGCUGAUGCAUCCAAGGGAUUGGAGAGGAGUGAGAAUAUGGGCCGACCGAAUGUUGAUGCCAGCUCUGUUAAUGAUGGAGAACUCUUUGCAAGGGGAAGUGAAGUUAUCCCUUCAGUCAACCCAAAUGAAUCAGAAACAAGCCAAGAGGAAAAUGGAAAAUAUUUGACUGUGGCUGCCACAAUAACGCAGUCACAUUCUCCUCCAAAGGAGCGAACAUUUGAUGAUUUGCAAUCUCAAGCAAUGCUCACACAAGUAACUCCAACAACUACUCUGGCACCGACCCAUACAAGAAGGAGAGGGUCUGAAGGACAAUUUCCCCCACGCAUAGGAAAGCCUAGCUCCAGUAGAAGGAAUGGGGGUCGUCGGAGAAAGCCCAACAGAAGGAAACAAAAGCUGAUUGAACCGACCCGUUUUUUUAUCACCACACCUACAAACCCUGCCCUAGAAACAGUCAGGACCACUGGCUCCACACAGCUAAAAAUAGACCCUUUAGAAGUUAAAACAGCCAAUUUCAAUAGCACUCUUCCAUUCAGUGGCAGCCAAGCAGCGUCAUCAGGCACACUGAGUCAUGAAGAAAGCACAGUCUUAGGGCAUGACAACCAGGCAGCAGUAAAACUCUCCCCCCUACCAGCUUCUCCCUCUGAAACAAAUGACAGCCAUCAGCCCCGUGCCAAACCACUAUUAAAAAGCACAUCAGCGGCACCAUCGUUUCCAACCGCCUCUCCAGAACUGGGUCACGCACAGACAAGUUCUCAAACAGCCCUGAGAAUCUCAGAAAGGGCCUCUCCUCCAGAGCUCUUGAAUAUGUCCACAGCAGACACUCAGCAGAGGUUCACAGGCAGCCCUCUUCCACCUGUUAAACCCUCAGAGGAGACACAACAUGCUAGCAAUACAGGACACCUUGGACCUGUGCCACACUUUGGGGAUUUUCACACUCUAACACAAGUGCUAACAGAUGUUGGGCAGAAUGAAUCAGACUAUCAAUACAAGCCCACGGAAAAAGGUGAAAGAAUGCUUUUGAAAGAGACUGACAUUAAUGUUUCCCUGCUGACUUCCCCAGCUGCUUCAUUGAUGGAGCAUGAAAUCAAGACAACCUCAGGAAACACUCCAAGUGGUUUGAUUACGACACUGAGCGUGCCCCUUGAAGGUGAAACGGACACAGAAGAGAUUACAACAAAGAAACCUUCUCAACCCAAAAGAGCUCAUUAUAAUAUGAGUACAAUGAAAGCCACUAGCAGUAAGUCAGCAGUAGAUCAUCUUAACAAUGCUGAGAGCACAGGAAAUAACUCUGAUGCUAGUUUUACAAGUAUCGUCAUAACAACAACUGUCGCUACUACAUCAUCAAGGCUUGAUGCUGUGAUCCCAUCUCGAGCGGCAAUUGAUGUCACACUGCCCAAAACUUCUUCCACAGAAACCAAAAGAGGGCCUCCAUUUAGGGCCACCACUCAGGAGCCUCCCACGGUCAACAUCACACCAGAUAACCACGGCCAAGAACAACAAACCCAACCCAUCAUCCCAUCGGAGGACAGGAGAACAUCAGACUUUGGUCCUGCAACUCAGUCAACUGACCACCAGCUGGUUCUUUUCACGAGUUCACAUCCAACUUCACCGGGCCUAAACCGGACCCUUGCCCCAACAACAGAUCCCCUCAUAGACGGACUUCCAACAACCAUUCAGGAUGUAUCCAAAGAGCAACAGCUACCUGGAACAGGAUCUAUUCCGAGAGGCAAACCAAGAAUAACUGAGAGCAAUCCCCGGACUUUCACAGUGGACGCUGAAGCAGAUGCUCAGCUUCCCUGCAGGGCCGAGGGGGAGCCGAUGCCCUUUCUGUCAUGGACCAAAGUGGCCACUGGGGCAAGUAUUGCUCAGAACACCAGAGUCCAGAGGUUUGAGGUACAUCCAAAUGGUUCAUUAAUCAUCAGAAACACACAGCCCUUGGACGGGGGCCAGUACCUUUGUACUGUCCAGAACCAGUACGGCACAGACAACAUGGUGGUCACCCUUGUGGUUUUUUCUCGUCAUCCGCGGGUCCUCCAGCCUCGGCACAAAGACGUCCCUGUGCACCUUGGUGACAAAGUCAAGUUGGAGUGUAAAGUGGAAGGACACCCUCCGCCUCAAAUCACAUGGGUGCUGCCUAACCAUGUCCACAUAGCUGCUCCCCCACUUGGAGUGACCCCUCAGCAGCAUGUGGUCGUUUUUAGUAACGGAACACUCCAGAUCAGCCGGGUCACUAACGCAGACGGAGGGAUUUAUAAGUGCAUUGGCAGCAGCGCAGCUGGGGCCGACUCGGUCUCAGUGCGCCUUUACGUGUCAGUGUUGCCGCCUGUGAUUCAGCAGGCCCAGUAUGAGAACACCACCCUCCCAGAGGGCAGCUCCGCUUACAUCCACUGUACUGCCACAGGGGCCCCUCAGCCAGUCAUCAAAUGGAUCACACCAGAUGGCGCUCAUCUCACUGCUUCUCAGUUUGUUAGUGGGCGCAACCUAUUAGUCUAUCCCAAUGGGACCCUGCUCAUACAGAGAUUGGGCCUGGGAAAUGCUGGGAGAUAUACGUGUUCAGUCACUAAUGCAGUGGCAUCCAGCACAAGAACAGUAAUCUUAACCACAAGGACAAAUCCCAACUAUGCCAAGGCCAGUAUCACCUUGUCGUCUCCCCAGAGAACAGAUGUGAUAUACGGGGGGAGGCUGCUGCUCGACUGCGUGGCAGCAGGAGGACCGGAGCCCCGAAUCAUCUGGAGGACACCAUACAAGAAGCUGGUGGAUGCUCAGUACAGUUUUGACCCCAGGAUAAAAGUGUUCCCCAAUGGCACGAUUACCGUUCAUUCUGUGACCGACCAGGACAGUGGUGACUACCUGUGUGUGGCGCGUAACAAGAUGGGAGAUGACUAUGUUCUGCUGCGGGUCAACGUGCUGACCAGACCGGCGAAGAUCGAGCAGAAGCAGCAGAGAUCUAAUCAGGAGGUGGUGUAUGGUGGGGAUCUAAAGGUGGACUGUGUGGCAUCUGGUCUCCCCAACCCAGAGAUCAGCUGGGCACUGCCAGACGGCAGCAUGGUCAACCCGGUCAAACAAAGAGAUAGUGUCAGCGGAGGACGCAGUCGCAGGUAUGUGGUGUUUGACAACGGAACACUGUACUUCAACCAUGUCGGCAUGCCAGAAGAAGGUGAUUACACCUGCUACGCCGAGAACCAACUUGGCAAGGAUGAGAUGAAAGUUAGAGUCAAAGUCAAGGCUGCAACUGCCCCGCCACAAAUCCAGGAUAAGGACAAAAAGUUGAUCCGAGUUUUCUAUGGUGAGACCAUCACACUGAGAUGCAAUUCCAAAGGGGAACCAAUGCCGACCAUCACAUGGAUAUCGCCUACAAAUAGAGUGAUCUCCCCAGCAUUAGACAAAUACCAGGUGCUGGAUGAUGGGACUUUGGUGGUUCAAAAGGUCCAGCGUUUUGAUGGCGGUAACUACACCUGCGUGUCCAGGAACAAUGCAGGGCAAGACCAUAAAGUUAUUAGGCUUGACGUGCUAGUAACAUCUCCAAUAAUCAACGGCAUGAAAGGAACUGUCAAUUCCGUCAAGGUGGCUGCUGUCCAGGAUCAGCGGAAGCUGUUGGACUGUGUGGCAAAGGGAACUCCCACCCCUCGCAUCAUGUGGCUACUACCAGGAAACGUGAUCCUACCUGCACCAUACCACAGCAACAGAAUGGAGGUUCAUCAAAAUGGUACCUUGGAGAUUCGGUCAGCCAAGAGGACGGACUCGGGGCAGCUGGCUUGUAUCGCUCGUAAUGAGGGAGGAGAGGUCAAGCUGGUGGUCAACUUGGAUGUAAAAGAGGUUGUUGGGAAACCCCAAAUUAGAGGUCCACAGUCAGAUAGCCUAUCACUGACUUUGGGGAAUAUAAUGACUUUGAAUUGCUCUUUUGAGGGCUCAUCACUUCCUCAUCUGACUUGGAUCCUACCCAGCGGCACACUGUUGCAAAGUGGUGCUCGGUUGUCUAAGUUUUUCCACAAGCCCGAUGGCUCUUUGAUCAUCAGCAACCCGUCUAUUGCUGAAACUGGUAUGUAUCGAUGUCUUGGACGAAAUUCUCGAGGGCUUGUGGAGCGUACGAUCACUUUGUCCCCAGGGAGGAAGCCAGAGAUCAGCAACAGAUAUAACUCUCCCGUAAGCGUUGUGAACGGGGAAAGACUUUUGCUUCAUUGCAUUACCAGCAGCGAACCUCUUAGACUAACAUGGACCAUACCCAGUGGGGUGGUCCUCGACAGGCCACAGAGAGCUGGACGAUAUGCCGUACUACCUAAUGGGACACUUGCAAUCCAGCAAGUAUCAGUUUAUGAUAGGGGUUCCUAUAUGUGCAGAGCGGCAAACGAGUACGGCAGCUCUCAGCUUUCUGCAUCAGUAAUUGUGAUUGCAUACCCACCUAGAAUUACUAACGGCCCUCCUGCUGUGACCUACGCAAAACUUGGAGUUGCUGUCCAGUUAAACUGCAUAGCAACUGGGAACCCGAGGGUGGAGGUAGCAUGGGAAACCCCAAAUAAAACCCGCCUGGCUGUCAGUGCGCAGCCCCGCCUUUUUGGGAACAAGUACCUUCAUCCACAAGGUUCCCUCAUCAUCCAGAACCCGACACAAAGAGAUGCCGGUGUCUAUCGAUGCACAGCUCGGAAUGCCAUAGGCACAGACUCUAAAGCCACCAUUCUCCAAGUGUAUUGAAGAAUGUCACUUCAUAUUAGUCCUUUGCCCUACUGUAUGCCCGAGCAACUGCCAAGGUAAAAAAUGUAUUGAUCAUAAUGUUGUAAAAACUGCUGUCACAACAAUGAAAUAUCGAGAUUGAUUAAAAGCUGCAGGGCUGUUUAGAGGCAAAAAGUAUUUUGCCGCUCCACUGCUUACCCAUUACAUACAUUUCUAGAAAAUCCCUAUAAAUGGGAAUUAUACAGGGCCUUCCAUUUUGAGCAACGCUUGCUUAAUUAAUAAAUGCCAAUCAGGUAGGGAAGCAGACUAUGAUGUUUUUGCAUUGCAUAAUCUUUACAGUGCUCAUUGCUCAUGGACAGUUGCUGUUGUUCUCAUUUAUUUUGGAUACCAGUGGUACCGUGAAGACUACUGCUAUUCUGUCCACAGUAGUACUACAACUAAUCUAUGUUAUUAUGAAAUGGAAAAACACUGCAUGAUAUUAAAUAAAUAUAAUUUAUAAUUUUAGACAGCUCAUCUGUUUGUGUUUCCUGGAGAAGACACUGAUCCAUUGAUCCUCUCUGACCAAAGACUCUCCUCAGCUGUAGAAGUACCUUGACGUUGAUCAGUAUAAUUUCUUCUAAAAUUGAGAUGAGAGUUGCGUAACGUAUAACUAAUUUUCAUGGAAAUAUAGUUUAACAUCAUUACAGAAUUUAUUGUAGGUAUGCAUAAAGUUGCUAAUACGACUUCUACAUAUUUUUCACUCCAAAAACAUCAGUUUAUUAUCCUAUACUCUUCAUAAAUGUCCAUCUCAAGUUGUUUCUGGGUUUCCAUAACUGCACAUAUUUCAAUAACUGAUUGUCUUUUGCUUUUGUCAGCAGUAUGCACCUUUUUUUAUCUACUUGUAGAAAUUGCUGAUCAAGGUUCUAAGUCACAAGUUGUAAAUUAUUUGUUUCUAAUAGACUGUGGUGCAUAGCUAUUUUCCUAAAUGUUAAUAAACUUUUUCUACAAUGCUCGGAGGAAAAAAAAUGUUUUAUUGCUGAAUAAGGGAAAGCAAAAGAUUGGAAAAUGAUGACUCAAGAAUGUUUGCCACUGCAUGCAUAACUGAUAACGGUUUUGGAAUUAACUUUGAAACCAAUGAAUUCACAAUUAAAGUUUCACAAAACACACAGAA